AUGUCUUCUCGUGGCCUCCCCGAAGUCCUGAUGCAAAAGGUCGACGAAUACGUUGACUCGCUGGCGCCCCAGAUCCAACCCCGCAUUGCGUCUGAACUAGAAGAUUUCCAACAAAAAACAAUCGAUAGCCUCGAAACACAAGUCGUGGAUGCCUUUCGCUCCCUUUUCAAUCAAGACUCACCUUCUGGACAUGGCAAUCGUGGCUCAUCGUCGGGCGGCCCGUGGAAUCUCAGUGAUGCAGCACCUGAUGCGUACGGCGGACAGUCACUGCCAUUUGCAGACGAAAUAGCAAAGUUGACCCGCAGCUUUGGACAGAUUUCUGAUGAGGCAGGUGGGGAUUUGCGUGAAAUAUUUGCACUCACCCAGGGAAAUAGCAAUCGAGGGGCGCCGGAUCAAGCCCGAUCUCAAGAUGUGGAUUUUUCAUCUGGAGCAAGGGGGUUCUUGUCCUCGGCCCUGAACGUAGUGCAGGGUAGUUUGGAAAACCGGAAUGGGUCUAAUGGCGGUGGAGGUGGUCAAGGAUUCGAAAUCGGAGGUCUCCUCGGCAUGCUGUCCAACACUAUCAAAGAGGCGUCGCAAAACCCAGAAGAAAAGGCUAGACUUAUCAGCCCUGAGAUCAAGCAGGUGGUGGGUGAAAAGUUGCGAUCGCAGCAUGCGCCUAUUGCUGAGCAAUUCACCCGUAUUGCGCUGGACCAUAUCAAGCGCUGGCUGCGUGGAAACACCAGCUCGAGGGACCUGGGUGAAGGUGCAAAAGCCGAGAUCGCAGAGCAAGUAGGCGACUUGGUCAAGGGUCUUGGGAGCCUCUUCGGUAACAAGAAGAGCGGAAACGAAGGAUCUGCUAGAGGCUUCGACGAGUCGAGUCGCGAUGGCGACAACGGCGGUAGUGGAGGUGGCUUCUCACGCGUCAUCAGCGACAAACUGAGCACAGGACUAGCAAAGGUACAUCGAGAAGUACGCCUCGAGUUCCGCAAGGUACUUGGACAAAUCGAAAAACAGCUUUUCGAACUCUUGCCCGACCAGUUCCAGCGGCCGCUGGAGAAAAUCCUCGGUGGUAACCCGUUCGACUCGCAGCUCGACCGCGACGCAGAACCCAAUGCAGACCGCGGCUUUGGCGACGACAUCAAAGCCAAGCUCCUCGGCAAGAUCCGCGAUCUUGUCCGCAAAGUGCAAGAGACACUCCGCGAGAGCAUUCUCGGCGUCGUCAACGGUGGUCACCGUCGCUUCGAGCGCGAAAGCUGGGUGUUUGUGCAGUCCAUGGUGGAGCAAAAAGUCCAGCGGUACCUCCCCGACGUCAAAAUCAGCGUGCCAGACGACAUUGGCAACGAGAAUGUCAGCGUGGGGAGCCCUGUGCAGCAGAACAUAGGUGGGGGUGGUGCGGCAUACGAACAAAGACCUCCUCAUCCUCCUGCUUCACAGCAUCAAGAGUAUAGACCAGACCAGCAGUAUGCUCCUCCGCCCCAAUCGUAUCACCAGCAAUCACCACCUCCACCACAGUACCAGGGUGGAAAUUAUCCUCCACCGCCACAACAGCAACAACAGCAAUACCAAAGCUAUCAACAGGGGUAUCCGCAACAGGGAUAUCAAGAGCAGGGACACCAGCAACAUGGAUAUCAACAGCAGGGAUACCAGCAACAGGGCUAUGGGGAGAAUGAGUACCGGAGGAACGAGUACUAA